CAAGACUUUUGUCACUAAGCUUUUUCUUGGCACGGUUAUCGUUUCGCUUGAAAGUUGAAUCCGCGAGUCUCGUUGUCCAUCGCUCGUGUACCUACAAAGAAUUUUAACAGUUUAUGAAACAAUUUUAGUUGUAUUUUACUCGCGUGUGGCAUGUUUAUUGCGUAAAAAUGUCUGAUUCUACGAGAAAAAGGUGUAGAAAAUCCAAAUUAGUGCCGAGAGAAUGUGCUAUGUUCGAGGAAGCUGAAAUUCAUGUGCAGCCUCCAGUAAAAAAGCUCUUCAUACCGGUACACAGAAAUGAAACAUUCACAAAAUUAAAGACACCUCCAAUAAAGCUUGAGAAGGAAUGUGAUAAAAGCGUUCUGAAAAAAAUUAAUGCCGCUGUAAGACAGGACUCUGAAGACACCAGACCCAUCGAGGAGUCAGCGAGGAAAUUUGAAGUUGACAUACAAAUUGAAACAUGCGAUGAGGACAUGAGUCCAGCAAAUAAAUUAGAAGGCAACAAGACUAUGCUACGUAACCACAUAAAUAACUUAGAUGUUACUCCGUUCCCGUCUCUAGAACUAGAGGUUGAAGACAUACUAAAAGCAACCGAAGAUAUAUUGAAAACCACAACUAAUACUGCGGACAAGUCCUUAGGACUUUAUAUAAGAAACUCUAUCGGUCACCUAAUGAAUAACAUGAACCGUCUUUCCUAUCAUGAAGAAGCUAUCCAGCUCGCUCUAGAAGCAUGGGAAGCAUGGUCGAACCAUUCCAAAUAUGUGAACCGCACCAGGCCAAUAUUCUACAAAUGUUAUAUCUGUAAAACAGCAUGGUGGCAUCUCUCAGAGUUCAGUGACCAUAUCGUUCAACACAAAGAUGUCAUUGUGUGCUUAGAAAAAAAUAACAAUGAAGCCAAUAUCGUCGCUUCCUACCUUAACAGAGGUAAUUUUGAAGACAUAUAUGCUGAAGGAAAAUGCUCCUUAUGCGGUAGGAAUUAUGAACAUCACCAAGUAAUGCGGUAUAACCAAACCGGUGAAUAUAUAGUAGUGAACAGACGUUGUGAAUACCCGUUCUUUAAUUGUUAUUACACAAUGAUUCAUACAAUAAGCUGUGAGAAAUGUGGGAUUGGGGAUGAAGGGGUUUGCAAGUGCCCGAUAUGCUUGGUAAGAUUUCAAGAGCUGGAAGAUUUAAAUGAGCAUUUGGUUCUAUGUCAUUCGGUGAGGUCCGAUGAGCCUGCAGUCAUUGGUGCAAUCGAAUGCAAGUGUUCUGAGCGGUAUGUUUCUAAAUUACACCAUGUAUGUGAAGAUAGGACUCCUGUGCAUCAGUGUUUGAAUUGUUGUGAGAGUUUCUAUACUAAAAAGUUGAUGAGAAGUCAUACAGAGAUGUCUGACCGGAGUUACACCUGUGACAUAUGUAAUGAGAACCUGGACAAGUCUUGCACAAAGUAUAUACAUAUGAUGAAGCAUACAGACCAAUUUAUGUUGGUAGCCAAAUGCGUGCAGUGCCCUGGAUUCAAGUUAUUUGUCAGUGAAGAGGAUGCGUUGCAACAUAAACACUCCCAGCAUUUUAUGGAUGCGAAAAAAAAAAUGUUGUUUCCUAAGAUAAUCGUACCAAUUUCUUGCAUAGUCGACAAAUUGAAACCCGACCUGUCAAAUGUUAUAAAACAGGAGAAAAUGGAUGAGGAUGACACUCUAGAACACAAGGAAGCUCCGGAGAUAGAUGUAAAAAUUGAAAGUGAUUUUGUUAAAGAAGAGCCAGACCAAGAAGAAAAUGAUGAAGAAGAAGACGAAUACAAUUUAGUUAUCAAAGAAGAACCAAUAGAAAUAAAUGAAACACAAAUAUAUAAUGAAAUAUAUGAUCAAUCAACUAUAGUAAAUGCAACUUCUGUAAAAGAAGAGAAUUUAGACGAAGAUUAUGAAGGAGAUAUUAUUAAAAUAAACUUCAAUUUUGAAUCCAAUGAUGAAUUUGGUAUUAAAGAAAAUAUUAUAAGCAAAAAUCAGACACAAAACAUAUGCGAUGACUCCGAUAAUGACACUCCGGACCCUGUUUUAGUCGGUGGGAGAAUGAAGAAUAGAAUUUACAAAUGCAAUAAAUGUGGCUAUCAGGCAAGACAUAAGAAAUUUAAGGAACAUGUAGAAUCUGAUUGUGGUAACUCAACAUAUAACAAGAAAUAUUAUAACUGUACGCAGUGUGAUACCAUGUUUCCGUCUCUAGGAAAAUAUUUAAUGCAUUUCACUAAGCAUGGGUUUCAAGAAAUGGCUUGUCCGGAGUGCUUAAGGCAGUUUCAAACUCAUACACAGAUGGGACAACAUGUACAUACGCAUAUAAAGCAGAAUUUUGUCCGUGUUAAGCUGAUAUCUCAUGAGAGUUAUGCGAAGUCUGAUUUUCAAUGUAAGCAGUGUAGUGAGAUUGUCACCGUAGACCUAUUCUUUGAUCAUUGGCAAACGCAUCUCAGUCAUAAUCCUGAUGGUAGAGUCAGGAGUAUUGAGGAGAUCCGGAAAGAUGUAAAUCCUGAUCGGAUAGCCCAUGAACCCUUACCGGGAUGCCUGUCUGAUGCUGUUAUUAAAGAGUGCUUGCAACACAUAAUGAUGAAAGUACCAAAAGAAUGCAACUACUGCCAUCGAAAAUUCUCCCGGGUAUAUGGAUGUAAGAGGCAUAUCAUUGAGCAUCUGCUAGCCGAUGCCUAUGCCCAGAAGCCUGUCUACGGAGCCCUAAGGUGCCAAAUGUGUGCCACAGGGUUCCCUACUCCGGAGAAGUAUAAACAACACAUGAGGGACCAUGCGUCGUUACCAGUGUAUAAGUGUGAACUGUGUGAUAGGACGUUCAGUGAUUCUAGUAACUUUACUAAACAUAAAAAAGUGCAUAAUUAUAAAGUGCUUGUUUGUGAUUUGUGCGGCAAGAAGUUUCAAGCUAAGGCGUCGCUUAUUAAGCAUUUGGUGAAACACGAAGUCUCAGCGCCAAUACCCUGCAAUUUAUGCGACAAAACAUUUUAUUUCGAAUCUUCAUACCGUCGACACGUCAGGUACUCUCAUGACAAAGCCACCUUUGGAUUCCGAUGCGUCAUUUGCAAUGAGCGUUUUGACAGCCUAAAAUAUAAAUGGGAUCAUAUGUGGCAAGUUCAUAAGGAGAGGAAACAGAAAGCCGACUGUCCCAUAUGUCUUGAGUCCUUUAGAAAAUAUGCUGAUGUGAAGUUCCAUGCAAAAAUGGUGCAUGGAAUGGAUGUUUCUGUACUUAGUAUGAAAAAUGCGUCCAAUGGGACUAUGAAUUUGGAGCAGUAUUUCAAAUCGCCCAGAAUAAGGGUUGGGGAGAAUGAAACGUUGGUUGUUUAUGAGUCUGAAUGACUGUAGGUUGAUGUACAUUGUUGAAUGUAGGGUUAUAAAUCAUUAUACAAAGUCAAAGUCAAAAUUAUUUAUUUCAAAUAGACGCGGAAGUCACUUUUGGAUGUCAAAGCAAAUAUUACAAUAUUAAAAUAAAAUGUCUGUCUGUCGGUCAGUCCUUUAGUUGCUCUAUUUGCUCGUUCCAAAGUGUAGAUUCCUAUGGAGAAGAACGAGCAAGAAACUCCAUAGUACUCCAUACAAUAUUGUAUUUCAGUAUUAUAAAGGACUUAAUAAUUUUGCAUGCUAAUAAUAGUGAAUAGUGUGAGAAACUGAUAGAAUAAUUGAUUUUUUUUAAUUUAUGCUAGCAAACCUGGCUAACUCUGUUUUGCCACCAAUGAUUUUCCCUGUUUUCCUGCUUUUCUCUUGAUUCUUUCCUAAAUUUUCUUCGCUAUAAACCUCACGGAGCCCGAGACCUUUCCAACGAAUGCAAAACCGUGGUAAUUGAUUCGUGCGUUCUGGAGUUAUAGCGUCAGGAAGGAAAACCCGACUUAUUUUUGAUUUUAUAUCAUAGAUUAAAUGUCUAAUUAAAUUAUGUAUGGGCCUUAGACACCAUGGUCGCGUGCCAAUGAAAUUAUAAGUUAUUGUGUCCAGUAUAUGGAAUUAGGUUUGCCCUAUUUAAAUAAAAAUUGUUGAAAAUUGGGUGUUAUAUUGUA